CUCUCCGCCCAUGUACAGACACCAAGGUGCAGUGCGCAACAAGAAGCGAAAAUUCCCGUUAUUAAAGUCGGGGUCACCUCUCUCCGUAGCAUGCGGAUUGCCAUUAUUAUAAGAUAACUUUAAACUUUAUCACACAUCGAGACCACGAGUUACAGCGCAGCAUCAUGGGGAAAGUGAACGUCUGUUUGAAACGGAGUUACAUUAUCGUGAUAAGUUUGAUCGCGAUCGUCAGUGCCCUGCUGUUGGCCGCUACUCUAUUUAGCCACGGAUACCUUCACGAGGAUGAAGAGAUAGAAAAGAUGCUCGCAGGUCUUCAUGCCUUGUAUAUUAUUUGCAUUGUAACUCUGGUCUUGACCAUCAUUGGUCUGUAUGGUGCCUGCAAAGAGAAGAAGUGGGCACUCAUAGUGUUUGUAGUUGGAAUGAUCCUGAGCAGUCUGUUCAUGAUUGCUGGUGAAAUUCAAGGACUGGCUUCACGACCAAAGGAGGCAGAAGAAAUUAAGAAGCAAUACCUAAACAUGCUGCCGCUGAAUAAUACCAGUGAGGCUCUUAUAGACGGCUUCAAGGAUGUACAGAUCGAAUUGCAGUGUUGUGGACUGGAUCAGGGCUACCUGGAUUGGGGUGACAACAUCCCAGAAUCCUGCCUGUGCACUGAAGAGUCCACUGCUCCAUGUGUGGCAGCUCCCAGAGACAGCAGUCUGUCUGAGCACAUGACCGAUGACCAGCCCGUCAUGAUUUAUAAAGAGCCAUGCCUUCCAUAUCUGAUCGAGCAUGAGAUGGUAGCCAUAAAUAUCGCAUUGGGCGUAAUGCUGGGGAUCUUAAUAUUCUGGAUAUUGUCAGUGGUGUUGUGUAUUCUCAUCUUGUGUCGGCUGAAUCAAAAGGAGGACAUCCCCGUGGUGGUCUACAGUCCCGAGGCAAAAGCAGGCAACUACCUGGUUCUUGCAGACGCUGCAGAGUACACCUGAUCAGGACUGAUACAAUUAUACUUAGUGUUUUUUAUGAUGUUUGAAUAUAUCAGAAGUCGCCUCCAACAAGUAAAGUUGCAUGAAAAAUGUGUACAUUUUUUUUAUUUCUUUCUUGAAUGUAUUUGUUUGGGUAGUUUUGAUUUGUUUUUUUAAACAACAAAACCUUUAUUCAUUUUUGCCAACCCCCAAAGAUAUGUGUUUUUACAAUGGGAAAACUGUGGGAUAUGAAAAUGGCCAUAAAGAGCGCAAACUGUGAAAGAGUAUUUUCUUUGUUACAAGCAAAUAAGCAUAUUAAGCUGCAUAUUAAAUCUGAGACCGUAGCUCUGUUUUUUCAGAGCAUCUCCAGCCAAUGUCUUCAAUAAGACGUGUGUUUAACAGUGAAUACAUUUAAACUUAACAUAAAACAUGAUUUAGUACAUUUGCAAGCAGCAUAAACGAGGGAUAAGAUAUGGGAAAAAGACCAAAUAAUUCAAAUGAGAUGGUUAAAGAAAAUGUGGUUUCAAAACAAAAGCACUGAAGAUAUGACUGCAGAAAUGUUUACGUUUUGGAUGUAUUACAGCUUUAAUAAGUGUCUGUACUCUGUUCUGUCGCUUUAUGUAAUCUUCUGUAUCAUAAUACACCAAAAUGUAUUUUAUGUCAUCAUCAUUUCAACAUUUUUUUUAAAUUACAUCUUGAUUAAAGAAGCUACUGGAGCACCUGCAAAGUUUUAUAGUACAGUUAUAUAAAAUAGGAUGUCAUCAGUACAUAUGUUGCUAUUGCACUGACAAAGUAUCUCCAGGAUUAAAUACUUCAGUUCAUUGCAGGAGAAGACAGUAAUACAGAUGCAACUAAGAAACUGUAUUUUACAUGUUUUGGAUGCCAAAGAAGCAAAUCCAACAACUUGUCUCCUCCUCUUUUGAAGCUAUGUCACAGCUUCCUGACACUCCCUUAUCCCCUUCAUUAGAAAAGCAGAAUGUACAGGAAUGUAACUAAACACCUCAAUAAAUGUUCACUUUGUACAUUUUUACAAAC